GUGCUUUCAGAAGUAACAUUCGCACCUUAAUAAUAUUUGUGAAAAUGUUCGCUAAGACUUUCAUCGUGUGCGCUCUCCUGGCGGUAGCUCAAGGAGGCCUACUCGCAGGUCAUGGAGCUAUAUCGUCCCAGAGCAUAGUUUUGGGACAUCCAGCUCCUGCCAUUGCUGCCCACGCUGUUGCUGCACCAGCUUUGGGUUGGGGAUUAGGUCACGGUGGUCUAGUCUCUCACGGAUCACUUCUUCGAGCUCCUCUGAUUCACGCUGCACCCGUCGCUCAUGCCGUAGCUCCUGUUGAAGUAUACUCACAUCCUCGCUACCAAUUCAACUAUGGCGUUGCUGAUGGCCACACUGGAGACCAAAAGAGCCAGUGGGAAUCCCGUGAUGGUGAUGUGGUAAAGGGACAGUACUCCCUCGUGGAAGCUGAUGGCACCAUCCGUACCGUUAAUUAUUCUGCUGAUGACCAUAAUGGAUUCAACGCUGUUGUGAGCAGGCAAGGCCAUGCUGCUCACCCAGCUACAGCCGCUGUUGCGCAUGCACCCGUCGCCAUAGCAUCCUUGGGACAUGGUUCUCUUCUCCAUUAAACGCUACAACAAUAUUUAUUACUAUCUAUACUUAGGAUAAGAAUUCGACUACGUAACAUGGAUGCUUUUGUAACGGUUCAAUGAAAGGUUCGCUUAGAGGCACAGCGUUUCAUAAGGUGUAUCUUAAGGGACGACGGCCCAAGACUUCACAAUCAGUA